CUUCCCAAAGUUGAGGAGGCCGAGCUCCGGGACGCCAGCAGCAGCAGACAGGAGACACAGGAUGAUAUUUUAAUUGUAAGUUUGUUUUCAGCAGGCUGGAAAUAUUGAGCUUUUUCUUUUAAAAACUCACAGAUUUUUACUAUUUUUGUACUUAAGAUGAGGCUGUAAAUCAGACUAUUUGGAAUAUACAUUUAAAUUGCUAUUCCAUCAAAGUAAGACUUUUUUUGUUUUGUUGUUUUGUCUGAUUCAAGUUAAUAGAAAAAUCUAAUUAUCUUGAAUGCUAAAACUAAAAGAAAAUGUUAGUUUAGCCAUCAGACAUGAGGUCUCCCGUCAUGUUGCUGCUGUCUCUGCCUCUGGUUCUGAGUCUGUUCUCCGAGACUUUGUCCUCGGAGUCGUCACCGAUUACCAUCCAGUACCGGGUCUGGGAGGAGCAGCCCGCAGGAACUGAGGUCGGCCGUCUGCUGGACGACCUACGGCAGAGGGAUGAAGGUGGUUCUCUGGAGGACUUCCAGGUGCUGGAACAGGGGAAAGCCCUUCCUUUCUCUGUCAGCACUCGGGACGGGGUGGUCUCCACCCAAGGCCGGCUGGACAGGGAGCAGCUGUGCUGGGGAUCGGACCUGUGCGAGGUGGCCUUCAGCGUCCUGUACAGGAAAAGCGGUGCCGUGAACUGCCUGCGGGUUCGAGUGGAGGUGAUGGAUCUGAACGACCACAGUCCCAGCUUCCCCAGCGCCUCGCAAGAGGUGGAGAUCUCAGAAACCGCCAGCCUCGGAAUGCGGAUCCCUUUGGAGCGGGCGGUUGAUCCAGACGCCGGAACCAACGGCCUCCAGGGGUACACCCUGUCCACAAACCAACACUUUGUUCUAGAAGUGACAAACGCUCCAGCGGGGAUCAAACAGGCCGAGCUUGUGGUCUCCAAAGAACUGGACAGAGAGGUUCAGGACUCUUUUGACCUGAUCAUGGUGGCCUGGGAUAAAGGAAUCCCAGCAAAAUCUGGGACCACCUUAAUCCGUGUCAUCAUCCAGGACUCGAAUGACAACAGUCCAAAGUUUGAGGACAGUAAUCCCACUGUAACGAUAACUGAAGACACCGCUUUGGGGACAACCAUCAUCAAGCUUCAGGCGUCCGACCCAGACCUGGGUCCCAACGGAGAGGUGCAGUACCUCAUGAGUAAACUUACUUUGCCGGCGGUGCAAAAACUUUUCCAUGUGGACUCACAAACUGGAGAUUUGACUGUUCAGGCCCAUUUGGAUUACGAGGUCCAGUCGUCCUAUGAGGUCAUCGUCCAGGCCGUUGAUCACGGUCCCAAUGCGAUCCCCGCUCACUGCAAGGUGCACGUGGAGCUGAUAGAUGUGAAUGACAAUGCACCGAGGAUUCAUAAAGCCUUGACUUCAGAGGGGUCUGAGGCUGCAGCAGUGAUGGAAAGAGCCCCGGUGGGGAUUUUCGUUGCCAUGGUGACAGUUAACGACGCGGACUCAGGAAAAAAUGGAGAAGUUAGCCUGGCUAUGAAGGACGUUUCACUUCCUUUCCGUCUCAUAAACGUGUACAGAAACAUUUAUAAGGUUGUUACUGACGGCAGUCUGGACCGGGAGCAGGUGAUGCACUACAACAUCACGCUCCAGGCUCAGGACCACGGAUCUCCAUCGCUGUCUUCUGUCGAAUACCUUCGUGUUUCUGUCCUGGACGAUAACGACAAUGCCCCGGUGUUCUCAGCCAACAUUUAUAGAGCAACCCUCAAGGAGAACAGUGCUGCACAGAGCAGCAUUCUCCAGGUGAAGGCCCAUGACGAUGACCUGGCUUUCAAUGGUAGAAUUUCAUACUACAUUGGAAGCCAACCCGAAGAGAAAAGACGAACCCACUUCACCAUUCACCAAAGAUCUGGAGUCAUCAGUGUCCAGCAGCCCCUAGACUACGAGGAACGCAACAGCUACUCUUUUAUCGUGGAGGCUGUGGAUCACGGACAUCCACCACUGACAGGAACCGCCACUGUGCAGAUCAACAUUGAGGACAUGAAUGAUAACCACCCCGUCAUCAAGGAGCCAGAACCAAGAAAGGGCGUGGCCUCGGUCAGCGUACCUGUCAAUGCCCACAAAGGGGAGAUUGUGACAGCAGUUGGGAGCGACACAGAGGGCGAAGCCAUUGAUGUGCCGAUAAAUCCCUCCAGUAGAGAAGGAGGAUUUGGGUUUCUUGCCUCAACGAUUCGGGCGGAAGAUCUAGACUCUGGACUCAAUGGAAAGCUCCAGUACUUCAUAACGGAUGGGAACCAACAUGGACUCUUCUGGCUGGACCAAGCCACGGGGCAGCUGUAUGUCAACACCACCAAUGCGACUGAGCUCAUUGGGAGGAGCUUCAGGAUGGGCCUCAGAGUGUCAGACAUGGGCACGCCCACUUUGGACACUACAGUGACUCUGGAGGUGUCUUUCAUCAAUCUGAAGGACCACCUCAGAAACUCCUCCCCAGGAAACAGAGGUCAGCUGAGCUUCACCAUGAUGAUUGCCAUCUGUCUGGGCUCCACAUGCCUGCUGCUUCUGCUAGCCAUCGCUCUGGUGACAACGUUCUGCCGGCCAGACAAACGGGACAACCGGGCAUACAACUGCAGACAGGCGGAGUCCAGCUACACCCGCCAUCCUCGGCGACCUCAGAAGAACAUCAGGAAGUCGGACAUCCAGCUAAUCCCCGUAAUCAGAGGACGGAAGGAGGAAGCAACUGAGGAUGAUAGCGAGGCCCAGCCGCUGACUCCGCCUCCUCUGUCAGAAGAACAGCAACCUGAGGGUCAGUACGACUUCAUACCAUCAGCGGCGAACGGGAACUUCUGUUCCCAGAGCUACCGAGAAGAGGAUGCGUUUCACCAGCACCCCCACCACGGCAAGACUCUCUGGAAACCUGGGAACAUUGAACUAGACGGGGCUUUCCCUCUGACCCCAGCAGCAUCCUACUCCACCCUUCGUAAAAACAGAAACCCUUCAUCAUCAUCAUCUUCUGUCUCACAUUCGAGCACUUUGAAGCGGAACAAACCUGAAGGAAAAGAGAAGGAGCUCUCAGCAUCUCAGGCCACGCUGAGGAGGCCCAAGACGUCAGUAUCUCAGGAUGCAGAACAUCAACAGAUGCUCCGUAACCUGGUCCGCCUCUCCAUGGUGCUCGGAGACUCUCUGGAGCUGUCCUCGGCCUCUCCGGAGGUUCAGCAGAUCUCCCAGCUCCUGUCCCUCCUCCGGCAGGGUCAGCUGCAGCCCAGACCCAACUUCCGUGGAAAUAAGUAUUCCCAUCGCAGCGGCAGAUACGGCGGUCAGGACGGCUCUGACUGGCAGAGCACCAAAGACAGCGGACACGGCGAGAGCGAGGCUGGAGACGUGGACUGGGAACCGGGUCGAGAGUCGCCCAUUGACCUGCAGAUCGAGGAGGGGCUUAACAACCUGCUAAACAACCCCGACGACGUUUUCUCGGACAGCGACCCCUCCUGGAUGGCCCGGCUCUCCGUCCCCCUCACAGCAGAUUACCAUGACAACGUGUUUGUUCCUGAUGAACCUCCAUCCUCUGAAACUGAGAACCCGCCCCGGGGGGCCCUCAGCUCCUCCUCCUCUUUCUCCACCUUUGGAAAGACUCCAGAGAAGGACGGCCCACUGGGCGGAGCUCUUCUGUCCGAGGUCAGCACACUGUUUGAGAUGCUGAUGACCCAGAAGGCCGACGCCCACCCCGGCCCCCGGCCUGACGUGCUGUACCGGCUGUCGGCGGCGUACCGCCGCUCGGUGGGCCUGGAUGCAGCGGCGGCUGCAGGCGACAGGCGGGCAGACGGGGCCACGCGUUCACGACCCCCCCACAAACCACUUCCACACAACUGAGAGACUGAACACAUUUCACCUGACGGGGAGGGGGCGUGUCCAUCACACCUGAGACUCCGACAGCAGCAACUUCAUUCAGCAAUAAUGAAAACAGCGAUUCUGAUGAAGAAACUGGACUCUCCUCCAGUUGUAGAUCAACUGUAGUUUGAGUGGAUUCAUGAUGGGAACGUCUUUGACCCGGAGAACGGACUCAAUGAUCCCAGAGAUGAGAUCCAGCAUCCACUCCGUGAGAAAUGUAAAGAAGUUGUUUGUAUAACUGCACUGUUCAAAGUAGACACUGUACCUACAGAACUCCACCAGACUCUGGCUCCUCCCACUUUGUCUAGUCUAUGUUUGGUGGGCCGGACCAAGACGAGCGACUCGUUUGUUUUAGUUUCCUGUUAAAGUUCAGGUGAUUUUCUGCAGGCGCUGAAGCUACGGUUAGCCUUCAUGAGGGCGGGGCCUCUGUAAGGGUGGAGCCUCCUUGAGGGCGGAGCCUUCACACGUCUGGCAUAUUGUAUUCGUCUGGGACUGAAGAAUACCUUUAUAGAUGUCUUUGUCAAAGUGAAUUUUUCUUUUUUCUUAAAGAACAAUCUUUGUUUGUCCUCAUUUACUCAGGUUAGUCGUUCCGUUUGUGUUAUGAGUUCAUAAGUCAGUACAUUAUACAUAUGAGAGUUAAAGUCUGUUCUUCUGCUGAAGGUUUGUGUUGACUCGUGUCCAGAUUGAGCUGGAGGAACGACAGAUCUGCAGGUUUGUUUGUGAAAGAUUUGGAGAAGUUUGAUUUGGUUCCUUGUGAAGGUGAAAAGUCAUGUUGUGAAGAAAGCUUUAGUCCAUUUGUUGACGUGAUGAUGUUUACUCGAAGGUUUUCAUGGUUUUGGAUGGUUGCCAUGGCAACGGGAUCUGAGAGUCUGAGAUGAUAGUCGGAGCGUGGAGGUUUCCCAUCCUUUACUAGUUUUGUUUGUUCUUACACUCGUGUUCAGGGCGCGAUACAUUUUAGGUGAUUAAAUUAGUUUGGAGUUUAUGCCACCAGGUGUCACUCAGAUACAAGGACCAGAAGCUGGAGAGGCGCUGUAGAAACCAAAGACUCAAUAUCAAAAGUUAAUGCUGUACAAUAAUAAGAUCAUUUCAUAAAAAAGGUUAACCUGAAAAGUAUUCAAGAGUCCAUGUAGACAAAGAUCUCCCAGGAAACCAGAUGUUCUCCUUUUGAAGUCCAUGUUUCUCCAUGUUUCUGUCUUCAGUUUUAAUGUCAGACAUGAAAACUUUUAGAGUAACUUUGACAGAAUGAAAUGUAUCUUCAUACGUUUGAUGGAAUUAACCGGUGCAUCCUUAGUCUGUUUCAGUGUUUUUGAGUUCAGCAACAUUUUAAGGACAAUAUUAAAGCUGCAAAAAUCCGUCUGUGAACCAAAACUCUGAUUCCCAAAGUCCUAAAUCGGCUGAAGAAAUUCUAUUUCUGUUGAUCAGUAAACAUCUUGAAUGUGAAGAACUCUUCAGUUCUUUGUAAGUUUUUGCUUUGAAACAUCUCUAAGUUCCCAAAGUCAAAGCUGUUAUUUUCUGUUACAAGCAGCACUUUGUACAGUUUGUCAAAAACAUUUUUGAGUUAUUUUGUAAUAUUUUCAAUAAAAUAUGUAUCUUUUGUGAACUGUUA